UUUACUAAAAGAAGGUAAAAAACGAAAAGAAUUAAUAUACCUAGAGCCGUUUUAAAUGAUUGACGGAAAUGUAAACCCACGAAUGUCGCAAGAGACGUUUGAGGGGAUUUUGGACGUUACGGGCAAAGAUUUUGCUGCCUUGAGUAUACCGGAUUGUGAUUCUGAAAAAUCUGAAUGCAAAUUGACGAGAGCAGGGAGUUUUUCAGAGGUGGAGACUGUCUCUAAUUCCGAGGGAUUUUUGCGUAAAAAGUCUUUUGAAAAGUUUAUUGAAGAGCUUGGAAGCGAGGAAUUGUUGGAAAUUGAACCAAGUGCAAGGCAAAUAAAAGCUUCCGAAGUUGUCAAGUUUGUUAAUGAUGACCUUCGGCGGCGGGAACCUAAUCCAUGGAAUAAAAUUCCACUCCCAGUUUCACUACUAGAAAUUGAUUCACCCGAAAAUCCAGAAAAUCCUGCUGAAAAUAUGGAUCCAGAAGAAAAGGAGCUGGAAUACAUGGAAGUGGAGGACAUCCACACUGAUAAUAAAUCCGCACCAAUCUCCUCUCCAGCCAGAUACUCGUCCCGAAUUUUUAUCCAAUCAACACCAGCAUUGCCUUCCGGUCCAGAUAAAAAAUCAUCCGUUACUUUUCGAUCCAAUCUCAGAUCAAGUCGUUCCGACAUCUCAAACCUGCAUUCUGAUGAUAAACGGAUCUUCGAAGUCAGCAAAUCAUUUGGACAAUUUACGUUCCGUGACAAAAGUCCAAGUGAAUCAAUCGAUUUCAAAGAAAUUCCACCUCGAAAGCCUCAACCCUCAGAAACUUUGAGCCAAGAUCAGAAUGCUACUGAAGAAAUUAAAUUCGUCAAACCGGAAAUUGAGAAAACCAAGAAGAAGCUUCGUCCGUUGAUGCAGGAGAAAAAGACGAAGAGUUACAGCUGUUCCUGCUGGCAAAUCAUCUUUUUCUUGCUGCUUCCCGUGACUGUUGUUCUAGUCUCAACAAUUCUCAAUCAGCAGGAAAAGUUCUGCGAACCCAGCUUCAAUUUCACAAACGUCACUCUGAAUCUUCCGAAAUUUGUGCACGGACAGAAUCAAGGUGUUGCUGAUCUCAUCAAGUCGCUCCAGUCGGACCCCGCGCAAUUUAAAAUCAUCGCAUUGGUUGGAGGAACUGGCGUCGGAAAAUCGCAUGUCGCGAAUAUCAUUAAAAACUCCCUGCCCAAGAGCUACUACGCUUUUGAGUACUUUCCGCCGCUCUACAACAAAGUGCGCCAAGUUUAUUCCGCCCUUUCCACCUGCCAGUGCAAUAUCAUCAUCCUGGAGAAUUUGGGAACGGAGGAUAUUUCUGAUGCAGCAUUUUUUUCCCAGGCGCUGCGAAAUCGAGCCGCGAAUCUCUGUGUUCUGAUGGUUGAACUUUUCAAUACGCAGAUCACGGAUAAUGACCUGAGGAGGAGCAUGGACCUGAAAGGAAGUGUGGAGAGGAUAGAGGAUGGAUUUAGGAAAGAGGGAAUUGAGAUGAGGGCCGUGGGUUUCGAACCUUUGACUGAGGAAUCGAUUAUGAAGUGCAUAAUGGACGCGGUCGAAGAAUCGCACUUUAAACUCUCGGAGAAGGACAUUCAGAGAGUGAGAAGAAGUCUUCUGGUGGCGAAUAGUGGCUGUAAGGGUGCCUAUUCUAAAGUUCAGCUUCUCGGAAAAGUUCCGAAAUGAAGUUACAAAAUUUUGGCUGAAUUAUUUUCGUUGUAAAAUCGGGGAGAAACUUUUGCGGAUUCUCCUUUGGCGGGGUUUACGAAAUCUUUGGUGGGUUUAGAGUUACAAUUUUCUUUGAUUCAUGAAUGGGAGAUUCUCUGACGAGCCGAAAUUGGAAACUCAAGUUGGGCAAGAAUUUUUAAUUUGGCGAGAACUAGGAAUAUUUUUUGACCGCUGAGUACGGCGUCAGACUUUUACAUUUUUUAUCUGUUUUAUAAUCUUGUGAAUUGGCAAUUUUACAGAUUUAUUCGAUAUUUUUUAAUGCUAUCAAGUACGGCGCCACAAUUAGAAAUUUCUAAUUUAUUCGAUAAUCUACAAUAAUCUACAAAUUUAUCAUACGAUACCAACCGCAUUCAACCAUGGCGCCACAAUUAGAAAUGUCUAAAAUAUCUGAAAGUUUAAUGAAUUUUCAGGAUUACAAAAAUUUAACAAUCAAUAAUUUUGAUGGGAUUCAAAUUUGGCGCCACACUUUGAAAUUUCUUAUCAGUCUAAUAAUCUAAUAAAUUUAUCGGACUGAAAAUUUAUGAAUAAAUAUUUUUAGCCGGAUUCAACUUCGGCGCGACAACCAGAAAUUUCUAAUAUAUUUAAUAAUCUAGUAAAUACUCUGGAUCACAAAUUUAUC